GGUUUACCAUUGUUUCCAUAAAACCUAUAAAAGAAGCAGCAUCGAGUCGGGCUAGUUAGGAAGCGCGGGAAUUCCAUAGUGCGGAGUGAUCAUCGAGCAGCGAAAGUGACAAUGGUCGCACCGGCUCCGUUAGCGUUGCUUUACCCUACCCUGCUCAACGUGCUAAUGCAGAGCAAUUACACGAUCCUCCCGGACGAAAAUGGAGUGCCGAUUCUAACUAAGCUCGACUACCAACCACUAAGUUUGGAGGAAAUUAAUGUUUUGGCCGCUGAGGUGCAAACCAUCACUUUCACGCUCUUCACACGGGCAAACCCACGAAAUGGGCAACAACUGAAAACAGACGUCAGCAGCGUUUGGAACAGCAAUUGGAACGGCAACAAACCAACGGUCAUCGUGACCCAUGGCUGGAAAAGCGCUGGUACUGGUUCAUCUUGCACUCUAAUUCGCGAUGCUUUCCUAAAGGUCUUAGACUGCAACGUUAUUGUGGUAGACUGGAACCAGAUAGCCAAAAACUUAAUGUACUCGCAAGUCGCAAAAAGCGUGCCGGAAGUGGCUAAUCACGUGGCAAGUUUUGUUAAUUUCAUGCGUACAAAGUCGGGCCUAAAGACCGCCACCUUGAAACUGGUCGGACAUUCUCUGGGUGCACACGUCGCGAGCCUGACAGCGCAAAUCGUGUCGAAAUCCAGUGCAGUUAGUGAAGUGAUUGGACUCGAUCCGGCCAAACCGAUGUUCGAAGAUAAUAACGCUAACAGCAGAAUAGAUCGCAGCCACGCGAAAAACGUUCAAAUUAUUCACACGUGUGCCGGUUUAUUGGGCAUGCGUUCUGCCGUUGGCACUUCCGACUUCUACGCCAAUGGAGGAAGAAAUCAGCCAGGAUGUAAUAACGAUAUGCUUGGUGGUUGUGCUCAUAGUCGAAGCUAUGAAUACUACAGUGAAUCUAUUACAAACACGAAGGCUUUCCCUGGAACUCCACAAAAGGGUGGUGCAACAGCAUAUAUGGGUGGUCCCAACCUCGACUCACGUGCGCGAGGCUCUUAUGACUUUAAAACCGGCGGACAACCACCUUAUACAGUAGCGCAUUAAUAGUACAUUUUUAGUUUUUAAUUAUAAUGUACAUAAUGACUAAUGUGAAAUAAACUAUUUAAAUUAA